UUCUCCAGAGUAUCGCGACUGCGUGAUAUGUUUCAGAAUGGAGAUAUUCGCCCAAUCGAAGAAUUGGAUGACUUCGAGGCAUAUGUUAGUCCCCCUCCUUUCGCCAGUGUGGAUGAUCCGUCAAGGUUUCUUCGGACAUUGCCAGGUUCCCCUCCACUUUCGGCUUUGCGCAACCAUCGGUCCAUCAUUGCCAAAGAAGUUGGAGAUAAACCCCAGUCAGAAUGGUGGGAAGCACUAAUCGAAGUUGGUUCCAAAAACGAUUUAGCUGUACCCUUGCAUCGAUUAAACGUUUGA